AUGAAGUUCACCCUAGGCCUGGGGUCGCGGGCGUGGAGAGUGUCCUGGGAGCGGGCGGCGGCGGCGGCGGGCGGCGGCGCGCUCGGCAGCGGCUCACGGCGCUCUUCCAGCCCGCGGCCCGGCCGCCGCGGCUCUCGGCUCGCGCGCGCCCUCCCUCUAUGCCUCUCCCGCGGCGGCGGCGCCCCAGCUCUCCCGGACCGCGCCGGGCCCAGCCCCGGCCGCCUCGGCGCCAGGCAGCCGGCCGGCCCGCGCGCCAUGGAGCAGACGUACGGCGAGGUGAACCAGCUGGGCGGCGUGUUCGUCAACGGCCGCCCCCUGCCCAACGCCAUCCGCCUGCGCAUCGUGGAGCUGGCGCAGCUGGGCAUCCGACCCUGUGACAUCAGCCGGCAGCUUCGCGUAUCCCACGGCUGCGUGAGCAAGAUCCUGGCGCGCUACAACGAGACGGGCUCCAUCCUGCCCGGGGCCAUUGGGGGCAGCAAACCCCGCGUCACUACCCCCAACGUGGUCAAGCACAUCCGGGACUACAAGCAGGGCGACCCCGGCAUCUUUGCCUGGGAGAUCCGCGACCGGCUGCUAGCCGACGGCGUCUGCGACAAGUACAACGUGCCCUCUGUGAGUUCCAUCAGCCGCAUCCUGCGCAAUAAGAUUGGCAGCCUGGCGCAGCCCGGCCCGUACGAGGCGAGCAAGCAGCCGCCGCCGCAGCCGGCGCUGCCCUAUAACCACAUCUACCAGUAUCCCUACCCCAGCCCCGUGUCGCCCACGGGUGCCAAGAUGGGCAGCCACCACGGGGUCCCGGGCACAGCGGGCCACGUCAGCAUCCCCCGUUCAUGGCCCUCGGCUCACUCGGUCAGCAAUAUCCUGGGCAUCCGGACGUUUAUGGAGCAAACAGGGGCCCUGGGGGGGAGCGAAGGCGCCGCCUACUCCCCGAAGAUGGAAGACUGGGCCGGCGUGAACCGCACGGCCUUCCCCGCCAGCCCAGCCGUGAACGGGCUCGAGAAACCUGCCUUGGAGGCAGACAUUAAAUACACGCAGUCGGCCUCCGGCCUCCCCGCGGUGAGCGGCUUCCUCCCGGCCUGCGCCUACCCGGCCUCCAACCAGCACGGUGUGUACAGCUCGCCGGCCGGCGGCUACCUCGCCCCGGGCCCGCCGUGGCCGCCGGCGCAGGGGCCCCCGCUGGCGGCCCCCGGGGCCGGUGUCACCGUACACGGCGGGGAGCUUGCCGCAGCCGUGACCUUCAAGCAUCCCAGCCGAGAAGUGGCCGACCGGAAGCCGCCCAGCCCCGGCGGCAAGGCCCCCGACGGCCUCGGGAGCUUACACGGACUGCCCGUCCCGGCCUCGACCUCCUAGGGCCGCGCGUCCGUGAGCCGAGCCCAAGCCCGAGCCCGGAGGCGGCGGCGGAGCGGCGGGCGCAGUGGGGCGCGGACCCGAGGACUCGCCGCGGCCGAAGUGCCCAUCAGCCCCAGCCUCGCCCGGCCCCGCGCCCGGCAGCCGCGCUUCCUCCAUCGGCCGGGGUUUUCGGCUUCUCUGAACUUUGGCUUCAGACUGUUGCAUCUUCGUCGCCGCGACCUUUGCUCUGACGUGGCCUCCCUCGUCCAGCGGGUCUCCAGCGUCUUUUCCUACUUCUCCCCGGGCUGUUUGGCACCGCCCCUCCCUCCCUUUCUCUCCCUUCCCCUCUCUCCCUCUUUCCCGCUCUGCCUCGCUUCCCUUCUUCCUCCCUUUCUUCCCUCCUUCCUCCUGAGCCUCCUUUCCUUCCCCACCUUCGCCCUCUUCAUUUUCCUCUCUAUCUCGCUUCCUUUCCUCCCUCCGUCUUCCCGUCUACGUGGGCUCCCUUUCCUGUGGUCCAGCCGGGUCCGCCGUCUUCUCUCCUUGGCCUUUACAAGUCACGACUCUGCCUCUCCUUAUUGGCACUGCCCGGACCCUCACCCCCUUGCCGAGAGCACCAGACCAGUCUCCACGACAGGCCCUCCUCUUUUUAGCCUCCACCCCUCCGGGGGCCCCAGGCCUCACCGAGGGGCUCCAACCUGGGAAAUGGAGAAGCCACAGUUUUUAUUUCAUAUUUUUAUAACCAUGAACCCAGAUAAAACUUCGGUGAACUGUCCCUUCUUCUCCCCCACCCCCAAGGAUAUUAUCAGGAAAUAUUCUUCUUUGGAUGUUUUCUCAGUGCCCAGUGGCUGGGCUUCUCUUUGCUUCCUCUGAGAUGAUGUCACCCCAAAGAAGACUGGGGUAGGAGUAGGGGCACUGGGGCCACUGUGUUUUCUGUAGUUAGAAAACCAUGCGUGCCCUGGGGGUGCCCCCUCCUACCCCUCCACACCCAACAGGAGGGAAUCUGGCAUAUGGUAGACGCAUCAGCACUGUUUUUUGGUAUUCAGGGGUCAGCACAUUUGUUAAUUUAAACGACAAACUGCUUCUGGGUACAAAGGUGCAAUCUGGCUUCUGGCUUGCAAAGGGAUGGGGGUCAGAAAAAUCCAGAAAGUGUCUUCUAGAGCAGGACACAAGCUCCGUUCACUGCUCCCAAGUUCAGGAGCACUGGUGGCAGGACCCUGGACAUAAAACUUCAAUCUCUGUAGUCAGAAAAAUGUCACUGGUGAGAGUCUGACAUCACCUGUUAACCAUGGCUACCUUUGAAUAAAGGAAAGCAUCUGUAUG